AUGUCAUCAGCUCCGUUCAUUUUGGCAAGAAAUACGAGAACGCAUGUAGGUGGUCUCUGUCCGAUUCUUUCACAUUCCACCCCUGCCGCAUCAUGUGGUAUCAAAUCUCUCUUUAGUCAGAUAAUGCCGGCGCUAACAAUCGCAGUUUGGGACCCUGAGCGUCUCCAGAUGGUCUUUGGAGAUGGCGGCGAGUUCCUCAACAACUUUACCGGCACGAUUGAUGUUAUUGGCCACGAACUGACCCAUGCCGUCACGGAGAAUACCAGUCCGUUGACCUACCAGGGCAUGAGUGGCGCUCUCAACGAGCACGUUUCGGAUGUGUUCGGCAUCAUGGUCAAGCAGAUUGUCGAGAACGAGAAAGCUGACGAGGCCGACUGGCUGAUCGGCGAAGGUUGUAUCAUGCCUGGGGUCAAGGGCGUUGCUCUCCGGAGUAUGAAGGAGCCUGGCACAGCAUACAAUGACCCUCGUUUCGGAAAAGACCCACAGCCCAACCACUUCAAAGACUACGUCCCGACCUUUGAGGACAACGGAGGCGUUCACAUAUACUCGGGAAUCCCCAACAAGGCAUUCUACCUGGUUGCCAAGGCCUUUGGUGGCUUCUCGUACGAGAAGGCGGGGCCUAUUUGGUGGAAGACGAUGAACUCGGGUCGCAUUCCCGCUCGUUGCACGUUUAUUCAGUUUGCCGAUGUUACCGUCGAGGUGGCAGAGGAACUCUACGGCGACGAGGCUGGCAAGAUUGUCCGAGAUGCCUGGAACGAGGUUGGAGUGACUAGGAAGGGCAACUAG